AUGGCUCCUGGAAAUUAUUCUUUUGUGACAGAAUUCAUUCUUUUGGGCUUAACAGACCAACCAGAUAUCCAACUCCCCCUGUUCUUCCUGUUUCUAGUAAUGUAUAUGGUCACUGUGUUAGGAAAUUUGGGCUUGAUAACUCUAAUUGGGCUGAAUUCACACCUACACACCUCCAUGUACUUUUUCCUCUUUAACUUGUCAUUCGUAGACCUCUGCUAUUCUUCAGUAUUUACACCAAAAAUGAUGACGAACUUCUUAUCAAAAAAGAAUUAUAUCUCUUACUCGGGGUGCAUGACUCAGCUCUACUUUUUCUGCUUUUUUGUCAUUUCUGAAUGCUAUGUGCUGACUUCAAUGGCCUAUGAUCGCUAUGUGGCCAUCUGUAAUCCGCUUUUGUAUAACAUUGUCAUGUCCCCUAAAGUAUGUUCCAGCUUUAUGCUUGGUUCAUACUUAAUGGCGUUUUCUGGUGCCAUGACCCACACUGGAUGCAUGCUGAGACUGACGUUCUGUGAUGCAAACACCAUCAACCAUUAUUUGUGUGACAUCCUCCCUGUGCUCCAGCUCUCCUGCACAAGCACCUACAUCAAUGAGAUGGUUGUUUUCGUUGUGGUGGGCAUCAACAUCAUUGUGCCCAGUCUCACUGUCUUUAUCUCUUAUGGUUUCAUCCUCUCCAGCAUCCUCCACAUGAGCUCCACAGAGGGCAGGUCCAAAGCCUUCAGUACCUGCAGUUCCCACAUAAUUGCUGUUUCUCUCUUCUUUGGAUCAGGUGCAGUUAUGUAUCUCAAACCAUCUUCUGCUGGAUCUAUGGAUGGGGGAAAAAUCUCUUCUGUCUUUUAUACCAAUGUGGUUCCUAUGAUGAACCCCUUAAUCUAUAGCUUGAGGAACAAAGAUGUUAAAAUUGCUCUGAGAAAAACCCUGGGGAGGAGAAAACUUUGA